AUGGAUAGCUGCAAGGCCCACUGCCCACCUAUGGGGUUCCUGUGGGCUUUGCCCUAUAAGGCUAAAACCAGGCUGGUGGCCAUUGGGGUGACAUUAAUCGAGAUGUCUUCCGAUGGAAGGGCGAACCUAUCUUCCUCCCGUGUUGAUAGAGACGGCAUAGUAAGAUUCCACAAAGCGGGCACAUGGUGGACGAACGAGGUUGAAGGAGCGGGAGCCUACAUGACCUCGCCACUCUUUCCGGACAUCGAGACGCUCUACUCGGACCUUCAGGGACGCGAGCUCCUCGUCACCGCUAACGAUAACUGGCCUUUUUUCAAGCUCAUCAAACAUGAAAACGGGACUGUAGUUCCAGGCGCAGGGGUCGACCCGACAGUGGUGGACGUUCUCAGCUCGAAGUUUAAUUUCACAUAUCGCGUAGUGACCCCCCCCGAUGGUAAGUGGGGCGGACCUCAGCCCGACGGCACCAUCACGGGCAUAAUUGGCAUGGUGGCGCGACACGAGGCCCACUUGGCCAUUUGCGAGCUGACAGUCACAGCUGCCAUCUUGAGCGGCAACCAAGGCAUCCGUGAAACUGUGGUAGAUUUUACUUCCCCGUACUACAUGGAGUCGACUACCCUGGUGUCUCGCGCGCCCAAAGAGAAAAACAGAGCCUUUGCUGUGUUCUCCCCAUUCAGAGCCGAGGUAUGGCUGUGUAUAUGCAUCUCGACAGUGCUUAUUGCCCCAGCCUCAUUUCUCAUUGGUCAAUUUAUUGUGGGCGUGUUCGACCUCAAGGAAGGAGACACCGGACCUUAUCACUCUCUCCACAGCCUCUAUUUCAACAUGUACAGAAGUUUGAUGGUGCAGGGCAACCGCAUCAUGACGCGCUGUUGGCCGUUGCGCCUCACUUUCUACUUCUGGUAUCUCUUCUGCUUUUGUGUUUAUGAGCAAGAUCUACGGGCUGCAAUGGCUGAAAGGUUGACAACAAACUGGACCGGGGUGACUUCUCUAAGCAUUCUAAGAGACUUACGAACUUGA